GGCCGCGGCAGAGGCGGGGCCGCGCUGUGUUUGGGGUGGUGGGGCCGCCCCCCUCCUCCCGGUGGCUCCGGCACCCGCCGCGCACAUAAUGGACACCGGCAGCAGCCCUGGUGGCGCCGCUCGGGCGGACGGCGAGGUGCCUUCCACCUCUGCCGCAGCGGCCUCUGCGCAGGAGUCUGGCGCCGAGGAGAAAAAUGAUCCCCCGUUUCAACUCAAACUUCCUCCAAAGGCAGCUAGACCUGAAAAAGAAGUUGACCCGGAAUACGAAGAAAAGAUGAAAGCAGACCGAGCUAAGAGAUUUGAAUUCCUCCUGAAGCAGACAGAACUUUUUGCACAUUUUAUUCAGCCUGCAGCACAAAAAUCACCGACAUCUCCAUUGAAAGUCAAACUGGGCCGGCCACGGAUGAAGAAGGAUGAAAAACAAAGUUUGAUUUCUGCUGGGGACUAUCGUCACAGGCGCACAGAACAGGAAGAAGACGAAGAGCUGUUGUCAGAGAGUCGGAAAACAUCCAAUGUGUGUAUUCGAUUUGAGGACUCUCCUUCAUAUGUGAAAGGAGGAACGCUAAGAGAUUAUCAGGUUAGAGGUUUGAACUGGAUGAUCUCAUUGUAUGAAAAUGGUGUUAAUGGCAUUCUGGCAGACGAAAUGGGUCUUGGUAAGACUUUGCAAACAAUAGCAUUAUUAGGCUAUCUGAAGCAUUACCGAAACAUUCCUGGGCCACACAUGGUCCUGGUUCCUAAAUCAACUUUGCACAACUGGAUGAAUGAAUUCAAACGCUGGGUGCCAUCCUUGCGUGCUGUUUGCCUCAUUGGAGAUAAAGAUGCCAGGGCUGCUUUUAUCCGUGAUGUCAUGAUGCCUGGUGAAUGGGAUGUUUGUGUUACAUCAUAUGAAAUGGUAAUUAAAGAGAAAUCAGUCUUCAAAAAAUUUAACUGGAGGUACCUGGUAAUUGAUGAAGCUCACAGAAUAAAGAAUGAGAAGUCUAAGCUGUCGGAGAUUGUACGUGAAUUCAAGACAACAAAUCGAUUGCUGCUUACAGGAACUCCUUUACAGAACAACCUCCAUGAGCUGUGGGCUUUACUCAAUUUUCUUUUACCCGAUGUCUUCAAUUCUGCAGAUGAUUUUGACUCAUGGUUUGACACUAAAAAUUGUCUUGGUGAUCAGAAACUUGUAGAAAGACUUCAUGCUGUUUUGAAGCCAUUUUUACUACGUCGCAUAAAAGCUGAGGUAGAAAAGAGUUUGCCUCCUAAGAAGGAAGUGAAAAUUUAUCUUGGGCUCAGCAAAAUGCAGAGGGAAUGGUAUACAAGAAUCCUGAUGAAAGAUAUUGAUAUCCUGAAUUCAGCUGGGAAAAUGGAUAAGAUGCGUCUGCUGAAUAUUCUGAUGCAGCUGCGGAAAUGCUGUAACCAUCCAUACCUGUUUGAUGGUGCUGAGCCUGGCCCUCCUUACACCACUGACACUCAUCUCAUCACCAACAGUGGUAAAAUGUUAGUUCUAGAUAAGCUGCUGGCAAAACUCAGAGAGCAAGGUUCCAGAGUCCUGCUUUUCAGUCAGAUGACUCGCUUGCUGGAUAUUUUGGAAGACUAUUGCAUGUGGCGUGGAUAUGAGUACUGUCGACUUGAUGGACAGACACCACAUGAAGAAAGAGAGGAAGCAAUAGACACAUUUAAUGCUCCCAACAGCAGUAAAUUCAUUUUCAUGCUGAGUACCAGAGCUGGAGGUCUUGGAAUUAAUUUAGCAACUGCUGAUGUGGUUAUUCUCUAUGAUUCAGAUUGGAACCCUCAAGUAGAUCUGCAAGCCAUGGAUCGUGCGCAUCGUAUUGGUCAAAAGAAACCAGUACGGGUGUUUCGACUAAUCACUGAUAAUACUGUUGAAGAGAGGAUUGUAGAAAGAGCUGAAAUAAAACUGAGACUGGACUCUAUAGUUAUACAACAAGGAAGGCUGAUAGACCAGCAGUCUAACAAACUGGCAAAAGAUGAAAUGCUGCAGAUGAUCCGACAUGGAGCCACGCACGUUUUUGCUUCCAAAGAUAGUGAGCUAACAGAAGAAGACAUAACCACAAUUUUAGAAAGAGGUGAAAAGAAGACAGCUGAAAUGAAUGAAAGAUUGCAGAAAAUGGGAGAGAGCUCCUUACGAAAUUUCACUAUGGACACAGAGAUGAGCUUAUACAACUUUGAAGGUGAAGAUUACAGAGAAAAACAGAAGCUGAGCAUGAUGGAAUGGAUAGAGCCUCCAAAACGAGAACGCAAAGCUAAUUAUGCAGUUGAUGCUUAUUUCAGAGAAGCUCUACGUGUUAGCGAACCCAAAGUCCCCAAGGCUCCACGACCUCCAAAACAACCAAAUAUUCAGGACUUCCAGUUCUUCCCACCACGGUUGUUUGAACUCCUAGAAAAAGAAAUUCUGUAUUAUCGUAAGACUAUAGGAUACAAGGUCCCCAGGAAUCCUGAUCUCCCAAAUGCAGCUCAAGUACAAAAAGAGGAGCAAAAGAAAAUAGAUGAAUCUAUGCCUCUGAAUACUGAGGAAACUGAAGAGAAGGAAAAGCUUCUGACACAGGGUUUUACAAACUGGAAUAAAAGGGAUUUCAACCAAUUUAUUAAAGCUAAUGAGAAAUACGGUCGUGAUGAUAUAGACAACAUUGCCCGUGAGGUAGAGGGAAAGUCACCUGAGGAGGUCAUUGAGUAUUCAGCUGUUUUCUGGGAACGCUGUAAUGAACUACAGGACAUUGAGAGGAUCAUGGCUCAGAUUGAACGAGGAGAGGCAAGAAUUCAGCGGAGGAUCAGUAUCAAGAAGGCCCUCGAUGCUAAAAUUGCAAGGUAUAAAGCACCUUUUCAUCAGCUGCGUAUUCAGUAUGGAACAAACAAAGGGAAAAAUUACACAGAAGAAGAAGACAGAUUUUUGAUAUGCAUGUUACACAAGAUGGGCUUUGACAAGGAAAAUGUGUACGAGGAACUAAGGCAGUGUGUGCGCAACGCUCCUCAGUUCAGAUUUGACUGGUUUAUCAAAUCUAGAACUGCAAUGGAGUUCCAGAGACGCUGCAAUACGCUUAUAUCCUUAAUAGAAAAAGAAAAUAUGGAAAUUGAGGAAAAAGAAAGAGCUGAAAAGAAGAAAAGAGGAGCAAAAGCUACAACAUCACAGAAGAGAAAAGCAGACUUGGCUGCUGACAACUCUGGAAAAAAAGAUGCUAAGAAAGUGAAGUCAUGAACCUGAAAACUGAAUGUUAAAUGUAAAACUGCCACUUUCUUCUCUCCAUCUAAAAGUAUUAAUUGCCAACUUGUUUGUAUUCAUGGUACUCUCCCCUAGAUCCCAUGGUUUAAUUUUGCAGAUUUUGUAUACUUUAUGAUGUCUUUCUCUACCUAAAAUGUGUAGCUUUAUAUCUUAUGCAUUCCAGUAUUUUUGUGUACUGUAUUUUGUGGGUUUCAUGUCUUUGGCAAAAUUCACUCAGUCCUUGUUUUUUUGAAGCUUGUGCUGAGGUUUUAGCUUUUAUAUGUUUUAUAUGCUGCUGCUUUGAAAGAAAACUUAGAUUCUAUAGCUGUAAUAUUGUUGUUUCAGAUUUUAAAUUUAUAUGGCUGUUGGAGAAUAAACUGACUUAAUUAUUUGAAGAGAAAUAUACUUCACCUUUAUUUGCCCUGCCCUCUCUCCCUUUUUAGCAUAGCUACAUUAGCGUGAAUGUUAAGGUUUGUAUAAUUGUGCCUUCAUCAUCGAUCAGAUUGUUG